AUGGGCCACGAAUUCAUCAUGAUUAAUUACACUACUCUCGGUGGUUUCUACACACUCUUUGCAGUCUUUGGUACCAUUACCAAUAUCGGCGUCAUAGUGACAAUAUUAAAGAACCCAAAACUACGGACCAGUGGAAUGUAUUUUCCAGUGAUUAUGUUAGCAGUUGUAGACUUUUUAACCUCCAUAUUUAUUUGUUCUAUAGCUGCCUAUCGUUAUUUAUCUUUAUCCGGUGUUUCUUGUAAUCUGAGUCUAGCAACAGCUUAUAUGAGUUACAUUUUUGAAGCCAUAACCAUGUAUGGAAUGGUGUUAUUGUAUGUCAAUCACAUAAUGCAUAUUAAAACCCCUAAUGAAACCAGACAGAAACAUUGUGGAGUAGCCUGGACAAUAGUUGUUUUAUUAGGAUGUACUGUUAUAUUCGCUGUGACCAUAAAUUUUCUUUCUAAUUUUAAAUCAUGUAUACUAACUUUGACAAGAUCUUCGGUUAUUGGAUUAUCAGUGGGGGUAUAUUUCCUACCUCUUGCUGUCCUUUGCUUGGGAGGAUUAAUAAUGAUAGUUCUUCAUUCGUCAAACAAUGGACGCCAACCAACAAUUAUGAACAGCAACUCCAUGCCAACUUCACAACAAGCAAGAUUCCCAGCCCAUCUAAUAGUAGCUGGUUUUAUUAUAUCUUUUACUGUUGGUCCUUCAUACAUCCUAUCUUGUUUAAACGUUUACAAUGCUGGUUCAUGGUAUAUUAAUAUGGUCAUCGGUUUCUCCAUGUUCUCUUCAUCAAAAAGUUGCAUUCUGCCGUUUGUUUGGUUACUGGAUUCCCAUUACAGAUUUUCCAUGAGUUCUAUGUUUGGCAAGUCAAAUAACAUAGCUAACACUUCAACUACAAUGAUGGCUUACAACAAUUAUUCUGCUUAUCCUCAACAAAUCAGUUAUGGUCCGCCCCAGAAUUUCCAGGGAGCGCCUCAAAAUGCAUAUGGAAGACCUCAAGUCCAAUAUGGAACUGCUAACACCGAAUAUGUAAACUUUCAAAAUGUUUACGGAAACCCUCAAAUUGGACACGGAAACGAUCAAGGAUAUGGAACGCCACAGACCGAAAAUGGACCUCAAUCGGGACUCAACGGACAAAAUGAUUUACCUAAUAAAUCAUUUGAAAACAGUGGAUAA